CCGAGGCAAGCAGAGAAGCCGGAAACGGCAGGCAGAAGCAGCCGUGGCUUGCCCUGAAGAGGAAGACCUGGGAAGAGUUGGGGUUUUGUAAUCAAGGGGGGAUACCCUAACAGGGGAGGCCCCCCAACUCGCUGGACAGAGUCACAAACCCAUGGGGCCAGGCAGUGUCCACUGAGAGAGGGAGAAGACACCAGAGGGGUUGCCAAAGGCACACCUCCUAAUUCUCAGACUAUGUCUCUCUGGAGUCUGGUUGUCAAGAUGCCCCCGGAAAAAUUCCAGGGGCUAUUUGUACAGUUUCCCCAACGACUUCGGCAUCUCCUGGGGGAUUGGCUAGAGAACCAACCCUGGGAAUUCCUCGGUGGCUCUGAUGCCUUCUCCUGCCGAUUAGCCAGUGCCUUGCUCUCUGAAACUGUCCAGCAGCUGAAGGCUGCAGCAGGAGAACAAGGAGAAGGGAGAACCACCAUGCAACACAUCAAUGGCAUAGAGAGUUUAUACCAGAGAGACCCACUGAAGCUGGUGGCCACUUUCCGACAGAUUUUACAAGGAGAGAAGGUGGCUGUCCUAGAACAGUUCCAUCACCUGCCUAUUUCUUUCCACUGGAAACAAGAAGAACUCAAGUUCAGUAUGACACUUCGGAGGCUGCAGCACCAUGUGGGAGAGAUCAGGGCCCUCCGGGAGGCCCUGCAGCAGGGACGGGACUCAAGACAAGCGUGCCUACAGAACCUGAUGGAGAAACCGGCCAAUGGAACAAGUUCAAAUGAGUCAUUGCCAAGGCUACUGCAAGAGACGAUUGGGGAGCUGGAGGGGGCCCAGGCCCUGGUGCUCAAGAAGAUUCAGAUUUGGAAGAGGCAGCAGCAGCUGGCAGGAAAUGGGGCACCCUUUGAUGAGAGCCUAGCGCCCCUUCAAGAGAGGUGUGAGAAUCUGGUGGAAAUUUAUUCCCAGCUGCAGCAGGAGGUGGGUGGGGCCACUGGGGAACUGGAGCCCAACGUCCAGGCUGCACUGAAUGGUCAGUUGGAUGAAGUCCUUCAGAAGCUGGUGACCAGCUCUUUCUUGGUAGAGAAGCAGCCUCCCCAGGUGCUAAAGACACAGACCAAGUUCCAGGCUGGAGUACGGUUCCUUCUGGGAUUUCGGCUCCUGGGGACUCCAGCCAAGACACCCCUGGUCAGGGCAGACAUGGUGACUGAGAAGCAGGCCCGGGAGCUGAAUCAUGUCCAGGGGGCAGGGGCUGGGGUGGAAAGCACGGGAGAAAUCACCAACAAUACAGUACCUCUGGAGAACAGCACCCCAGGGAACUGCUGCUCUGCCCUCUUUAAGAACUUGUUACUGAAGAAGAUCAAGCGCUGUGAACGGAAGGGCACAGAAUCUGUCACAGAAGAGAAGUGUGCUGUCCUCUUUUCUACCAGUUUCACACUGGGACCCAACAAUCUCACCUUUCACCUCCAGGCUCUGUCCCUUCCCUUGGUUGUCAUUGUCCAUGGGAACCAGGACAACAAUGCCAAAGCCACUAUUCUAUGGGACAAUGCUUUCUCAGAGAUGGACCGAAUACCAUUCAUGGUGGCUGAGAGGGUACCCUGGGAGAAGAUGUGUGAAACUCUGAACCUCAAAUUCAUGGCAGAGGUGGGGACAAGCCAGGGCCUGCUCCCUGAACAUUUCCUCUUUCUGGCCCAGAAGAUUUUUAAUGACAACAGCCUCAAUAUGGAAACCUUCCAGAACCGCAGUGUGUCAUGGGCACAGUUCAACAAGGAGAUCCUCCUUGGCCGUGGUUUCACCUUCUGGCAGUGGUUUGAUGGCGUCCUGGACCUCACCAAGCGCUGCCUCCGCAGCUAUUGGUCAGACAGGCUAAUUAUUGGCUUCAUCAGCAAACAGUAUGUCAACAACCUACUCCACGGUGAACCAGACGGCACUUUUCUCCUUCGAUUCAGUGACUCAGAGAUUGGGGGCAUCACCAUUGCACACAUCAUCCGGGGCCAAGAUGGUACGCCACAAAUUGAGAACAUCCAACCAUUCUCUGCCAAGGAUCUGUCUAUUAGAUCUCUAGGGGAUCGGAUUCGUGACCUAGCUCAGCUUAAGAACCUCUACCCAAAGAAACCCAAAGAUGAGGCCUUCCGGAGCCACUACAAGCCGGAACAGAUGGGCAAGGAUGGUAGGGGUUACGUCCCAGCUACUAUCAAGAUGACUGUUGAGCGGGACCAGCCACUACCUACUCUGGAAAGCCAACGGACUGCCAUGGUGCCCACCUCCACCUAUGACCUUCAACCCAGUCCUGAGUCCUUUCCCAUGCAGUUCGUAUCAGAGAGGGCUCCCAGGGCCCCAGUAUUUCCAGCACCCUCUGUGCAGCCUCAAUUUCAUGUACAGCCAUUGGAGGAGCCCUAUAAAAUGCUGCCCACCUUUCAAGAAUCAUCCCUACAUUCCCCGAUGGCUCCGAGAAUGAAUCAACUGAACCUGCCUUUUGACCAACCACAUCCCCAGGUUCUGAUGCCACCCACGGAUCCAGCAAUCCACAACCCCAACUCCAUGGUCUGCUCAGAUGUGAGCAUGAGUGAGGAGGAAGGGCUAGGGCAGCAUGUGUUUCCUUUAGAAAACUGGACUGAAGAUCUCCCUGCCUUGCUGCCCCCGACUGAUCAGGACCUGACCAAGCUUCUCCUGGAGGGGCAACUGGAAGCAGGGCCAGGGCCCCUGCCAAUCCAGCCUCUUAUGUCCACCUCUCACUACGGGCAGCCUGCUCUGGCACCUUCUUCUCAUCUAGACCUAAGAACCAAUCCCAGCUGGGGACCCUAGCUGGAAUGGGGGGUCUGGGAGAUCCUUCUCUUCUUAGCCUUCAAGAGACCUCCCCAGGCUCCCCCCAAAGCUUUGGAGAAGGGAACCUCUCUGGUCUGGAAUCCUGUCCAUGAUUUCUGCCCCCCCUCCACCCCCACCACGCUCACUAGGACAGUCAUAACAAGGGGCCCCCUGCCCUUCUGCUGAUACACCCACCGUCCCUCAGCGUAACAAGACUUGGUGAGGAGAAUCUGCUGUGGGCACUGCAGAGUUUCUCCUACUCCCCCAUGCCACCUCUCCUGAAUGGGAAGGGAAGGUUGGUCUGCAAAUGAGAAGUCCAAACAUGUUAGUGCAUGUCACUUUAGGCAGGAGGCACAAGCAUUCCUCAUGGAAAUGUGCAGCAGGUGGGGGUGGGGGAAGGGCACACUUCCCUCCUACUGCAUUUGUGGACGAAGGAUCCACAUGCAGAAACACAAGAGACACGAUCACACAUUUGCACUGUAGUCUGGGGCUGAAGUGAGGAGCUAGGAGGAACCAGCUCAAGGUAGUCUGGUGAUUGGGGCUUGAAGAGUGCUGGGGGUGGGGGGUGGAGAGAAGAGGAGGAGGGGUCUGUACAGCUGGUUUCUGGUAUGGGUUUCACCCAGAUUUGAAAAAUAAAUAAAAAAAACACCUUGUAGACAGAGGCUUUGUGUCUGCACAAGUCAAAAUGUGUGGAUGACUUUUCGUGUAUGAUGGUACAAAGGCAGGUCUGUUUUUGCAUGUGUAACUUUUUUUCACAA